CAAUGUGGAGCACAGACUGCACUGAAAAUAAACCAGGAGCAUCACACUGUUAUGGGGACCAUGAAGAUGAAAAUAGUUCGAGUUGUUAUUUUGCUUUUAGUAGAUCUGUUGAACUGCUUUGCACAGUCAGAUGGAAACUUUUUAAUAUAUAGCGUGUUUUCUAACAAAUGCUUCACAAACUCUGUGGCAUUCACCAGGCUUUCUUAUUGUGACCCACAUGCCAUAUCACAACAGUUCCGCUGGAUUUCAAACGAUCGCAUUAUGAACAUUGUCUCAUCACAAUGCCUCGGUGUGGGAAGUAAGACAGUGGGCAGAACACUUCAGUGGUUAAAGUGUGAAGAAAACAAUAAACUGCAGCAGUGGGAAUGCAUCGGUGAUUCAAAACUUAAUUUAAAGAACGAAUCCCUGAACCUUGCUGCAAGUGAUACUGGUGUGCCAUACAUCUCCAAAAACAAUGGAACAGAGAGCAAAUUGACAAUUCAUGGAACGCUGAACAGUAUUUGUUCUCGGCCCUAUGAAGAAGUGUACACAAUCGAUGGAAAUGCAUUUGGGCGCCCAUGCUAUUUUCCUUUUAAAUAUCAGAACAAAUGGUAUUCAGAUUGUACUAAAGAUGGUGCCCAGAGUCAACGUCUAUGGUGUUCAGUUGAGUCUGAGUAUAAAGAUAAGGAACUGUGGGGCUACUGUCCAACACCUGACAAUACUUUCUGGUCCAAAAAUCCUCUGACAAACGUCUUUUAUCAGCUGAAUGAUAAGUCGGCCCUGACGUGGCAUCAAGCAAGAAAGAGCUGCCAGCAGCAGGGGGCGGAACUACUGAGUGUUUCUGAACCUCAUGAACACACUUUUGUGUCAGGAAUGACUGUGAAGACACAAAAUUCACUGUGGACAGGACUGAAUAAAUUAGAUGUGUCCAGUGGAUGGCAGUGGAGCAAUGGACAGCCUUUACGUUAUCUUAAAUGGAGCAGUGGAUUCCCAACAACUCAACCAGACUAUAGUUGUGGUGUCCUGCGAACUCAAUACAGUUCUGAAUGGACAAAUGAGCAUUGUUUUAACAGGCAAGGGUACAUCUGCCAAAGGGGCCACUCUGUUCCUACUGUCCCACCAGUGGUGCACACUGGUUUUUGCCAAAGCCCAUGGAUUCCAUAUUCAGGCCAUUGUUAUCUCCUCCAUCGCAACAAGAAAACUUGGCUGGAGGCUCGGGGUGCCUGUCUACGGGAAGAAGGAGACCUGCUGAGUGUUCUGAACACGGAGGAGCAAAGCUUUGUCAUCACACAACUUGGAUACUUAAAGACAGAUGAGCUGUGGAUUGGUUUCAAUGAUCGUAAAACUCAAAUGCUGUUUGAGUGGAGUGACCAGUCAAGCGUGCCGUUCGCCUCGUGGGAGGUGGGAGAGCCGAGUCACAACGCUGUCCAUGCAGAGGACUGUGUCUUUAUGAGAGGAGAGGAGGGAAAGUGGUCAGAUGAAAUUUGUGAACGCAAACAUGGGUUCAUCUGUAAGAAGAAAACCAGCUCUACGGCCUCUAAUAAUGACACUGUUGUGACAAGCCCAGGCUGUAAAACCGGUUGGUCCAGGUAUGGGUACUACUGUUACAUGGCUGGAUCCGAGACAAAGACUUUCGAGGAGGCGAAACAGAUGUGUGAAAAAGCUGGCUCUCAUCUGGUUGAUAUUGCAUCCAGGGUUGAAAACGCAUUCCUAGUAAGUUUAGUUGGUGCACGACCAGAGAAGUACUUCUGGACCGGGCUGUCCAAUCAAAAGGAUCUGCACACUUAUGAAUGGACCAACACUAAGAAAGUUCCGUAUACUCAUUUUAAUGCUGGGAUGCCAGGAAGGAAACAAGGCUGCGUCGCCAUGACGACGGGAUUGCUCGCUGGACUUUGGGAUGUGAUCAGCUGCUCAAAUAAGGAAAAGUACAUCUGCAAACAACCAGCUGAGGGACUGGUUACAACUCAAGCACCACCAACCACACCUGCUCUAGGCUGUAGUGAAGGUUGGAUACCAGUUGGAAAUAGAGACCUUUGUGUCAAGUUGUUUGAUGUAUUUUCCAGUCAACUGAAAACUUGGAGUGACGCUCUUGAUUACUGCCGAGAGCUUGGGGGAGAUCUUCUGAGCAUUCAUCAGGAUGCUGAUAUUCCUUGGAAAUUAAGUGGGCAUCCUGCAUGGAUUGGUUACUCAAUCCAGGAUCCAUCUGUGGGUUAUGUGUGGAGUGAUGGCUCUGCUUCAUCCUAUCAAAACUGGGCCAGUGAUGAACCGAACAAUUUAAACAACAUGGAGAAUUGUGUUGAAAUGAGAAUUUCGUGGUGGAAACAAGAUGGAGUUUGGAACGAUGUGAAUUGUCAAGACAAGAAGGACUGGUAUUGUCAAAUCCCAAAAGGAAAGACUCCAAAGGAAGUGAAUGUUACAGAACCAGUUUAUAAUGUAACCGAGGACGGCUGGAUCGAAUUCAAAGGGAAUCAGUAUUUGAUGUCUGAAUACCCAUCUCUCUCUGUGAAAGAAGCACGGAUUAAAUGCAAGAAAGGGCAUGGUGAUCUUGUAGUUAUAAAUGAUGAGGAAGAGCGUGUGUUCAUCUGGCAUCAGACUAAAGCAAUGUUCAAUGGUAUCAUCAUUGGUUUGGCUGUUGAUCUGGAUGGGUCUUACCAGUGGAUGGAUGGGUCCCCUGUAGUGUAUAAGGCUUGGGAAGAAAAUCAGCCCAGCCUGUUAAACAGUGAGGAAAGAUGUGUGAAGAUGACACGAACUCAAGGACUCUGGGAAACCAUCAACUGCGGUGAAGAAUUCUCAUAUGUUUGUAAACGAAGUGAGUCUCCUCCGGUCAAUGCCACAGUGGCUCCCACAGAGGAGCCGAAAGGAGGAUGUGCUCCUGAAUGGAAAAAAUUUGAUACAAAGUGCUACAUCAUGAGAGACGACUUGAAAACAUGGAAAGAUGCAAGAGAAUACUGCAGAGAGAUGGGUGGAGAUUUGGUAUCUAUUUUAAAUAGACAACAACAAGCCUAUUUUACAACAAUGGUCAGUAAUACAACUACAAACUUUUGGAUUGGAUUCAGCAAUUUGGCAAAUGGAAGGUUCAGGUGGACAGAUGGAAGUACUGUGGAAUUCACAGCCUGGGCCAGAGGAGAACCAGAAACCAAUAGUUGGCCUGUGUACUCCUGGGAAAGAUAUCACUUUUCAAAUGAUCAGAAAUGUACCGUUCUUGGACGAGGUUCGGGUACUGGCUUUGGAAUGUGGGUAGCAACGGACUGUAAUUCGACCCAAGGCUUCAUCUGCUCCCGUCAUGUUGAUCCUGCUCUGACCCCUGUGCCAUUCCAAUUUCCUGAAACUUAUUUCAAGAUUGGAAAUUCAUCGCUUAAAAUGAUUCAAAGGAAUCAAACAUGGAGUGAGGCGAACCGAACCUGCAAUGCCGACACUGCUCAACUGGUCAGCAUCCGGAGCUCAAUAACACAAGCUUAUGCUGAGCUGCAGGUCUUCAGAACCAAGCAGCCCGUGUGGAUCGGUCUAAACAGCAUACAGACCAGUGGUUACUUUUCAUGGUCAAGUAACUGGCACAUGAAUAUGGAGAAAUGGGCAUAUGGUGAGCCACAGCAAAACCACCCAUGUGUUUACAUGGAUGUAGAUGGACAAUGGAGAACAGCUCUCUGCAAUGAAACCUUUAACAGUAUCUGUGAGCAAACAACAGAGAUUCCACCCUCCCCUCCGGUACAGUAUCCUGGCCAGUGCCCUGCAACAACAGAUGAAAGCCCACUGAGGUGGAUCCCAUUCAGAGACAGUUGCUAUGCUUUUGUGAAGGACCUCCAACCGUGGAGCAGAGCCUCCAGAUUGUGUCUGACAUGGGGUGCAUCUCUCGUCAGCAUUAUGGAUAAAGCGGAGCAUAGGUUUAUAGAAAACAACCUUUUCCUGCUUGAAAGUUAUGAAGGGUUUUGGAUAGGAUUGUUUAAGACCUCUAAAGGACACUGGUUGUGGUUGGACGGCAAUGUGGUAGAUUAUACUAACUGGGAAAAUGUGGAAAAUAUGGAUGAAGAAGAAACUAUGGAAGACUUGAUGUGGGAUCCCACCUGCACACAUAUCUCUACUGAAACUAAAAGAUGGAGGAAAAAGCAUUGCGAUCACUCCUACAUGUCAUUUAUCUGCAAAACGGCCAAAGUGAUACCUCCAACCACUAAGGCACCAGUUAUAGGUCCUCCUGAACCUCAUAGGGUUUAUACAGGCUUGGCAGUGUUCUUGGCCAUCGCAGGGUUUGGAGUAUUAGGAGUUCUAGCCUACAUUUACAUAAAAAAAAAUCCAAAAAGACUUUCUUUACCUGCAUUUGAAAAUCCGGCGUAUGGUAACAUAGGGGACGCACUUUUUAGAAGUAAAGAUUCCAAGGCAUUGAUUGAUAACAUUGAGAUAGCUGAAUAGACCAGUGCUUCAUGCUCUACAAACCUGCUUAUAUAAAAUGUCAUGUACAGUACAGUCAGCUCUUCAUUAGCAGAAAUGUAUCAUUUGGUUUUAUCUCAAAGGGGUGAAUUGUCAUGGUAAUGGCCAGCUGAUAUGUGUAUCUGCUUAUUACACGGCUACUUAACAAAAUAAGUCCACGAACAUGCAGAUUGAGUUAAUAUUAUAUUAUUAUGUAGAAACUAAAGCGAUUUCAGUGUUAUUAUCAUAGAGCUGGACAUAAAAUGCCUUCAUGGGUUAAUAUGAUUACUAUUUUCCUGUAUAUUUUUCUGUGAAGAUAUUAUAGAGCUUUUGUGCAAGUACUCUAAAAUCUUCAAAGAUAGAUCCUCAUAUUAGUUUUGUAGAUUUUCAAAGUAAACUGCAACGGUACAAACCCAACAAAUUACAGGUGUGGACUGAUUUUCAUCUUUGUGGGUGCAGUGCUAAACCUUGGAUGAGAUGACGUAUGUCACAAAAUACAGUAUGAAUGUUGGACACAAAUUUUAGAAAAUCUUAUGUAUAAUUGUAUCUGUAAUGUCUUGUAUAAUUCAAAGGAAAAAUCCCACCAUAAAGCAGAGAACUGUUUUUGUCAAAAUGACGCAUUUAUGUGAUGUCGUGUACUGAAUGUAUAUUCAGAGGAAAGUACAAUAAAUGUUUCAGAUUAUUAUAACUUGA